GAGACCACUACUUUCCUCCCCACAUCACCUCCCCACGGCCGAGCCAGUAUGAACCACGCUGAGCUGGGCUUGGAUUUAAUCUUGGCCGACUCUGUGCAACCCCAGCCCGCAAUUUGUGUCUUCCCUGAGUCCUCCCUCUGGUCCCGUCCCCGUGCGACGGGCCCCUCUGUCUAGAGCUCAGGAAGGGUGGUCUCCUUGUGCAGGCACUGAACAGGGACUCUGAAGAUCUAAGCUGACUCCCCGCAGACUCCUUGUGUGACCCUGGCCACGUCCUUGUGUCUCCCGGUGCCUCAGUUCCCCUCUAUAACAUGGGGACCACAGCACUGCCCUCCCUCACUGGAAGAGUGGAGGCCAUAAAUCCAGUAACAAGGGUGAGGAGCUCAGAACUAUGGCUGGGUCAUAUAAGUACCUGGAGAGAGAUGGAAGGUCCGCAGCUGAUUACAGAGAGCCUAGGCUGGUGGAUUUCUGGCCCAGUCCGCACUGGCUGAUGGCAUUAAGCUAUUACUGUCCUUGCAUACCCUCAAUAGAGCCGUGACCUCGGCUGCAUUGAGGGCAGGAGCUGCCCAAAUGGGCCUCACAAGGCCAGUUUAGGUCACCUGACCAGCCUGGAGCCCAGAGAGAGAGAAAAAAUUUACUUCUAACAUACCCUUGGACUUCAGACACUGGGCAGCCCAGCUGUCCCCAUGCCCCGCAAACAAGGACAGCUCCCUGGCUUGCCAGCAUCCUCUGGGAAGAGAGCCAGGAAACUGGAUUUAAUGAAUGGGGAUUUCACAGGCACCUGUCCCCCUGAACAGUACCCACACCCCAGCUGAGAGGGGAGAGGGCCCAGUGCCUGGCGCUGCCGGGGAACUCUGGCCCAGGGCAUCAGGGCAAACCGCACCUCUGAGGGAGAGAGGCCUGGGUCUUCUGUGUGCCCUGAGAUUUGAACCAUGGUUGCAGGGGGCCCUGGGGGUUCACCGGGCUAGGGUCACCUCAAACCCGCCCAGACGGCUGAUCUCGGGGCUGGAGCAGCAGGUCCAACUCCCCCCGGCCGGGUGUCCCCAGGAUGACUCUAACUAAGCCCCGAUUGGCUGAGCCACAUGGGAGUUUCCCAACACACCUCUCCCGGCCCGGGACGGCCCGGGGCAGCGGGGCCCUUCAGCCAGGACCGGUCCCGGGAGCGGGGCGCGGCCGGGGCAGAGCCAGCGGCUUCCCCGGGGCUGGGCCAGGAGCUGCCCGGGGCAGGGACGCCUGGAGACCGGCCCCGGGCCAGUGUUCGCCCCAUGUCCCAGCGAGGGGGCUCCCGGCCGGGACCCGAGUCCCUGCCCUCCGCAGCCCCCGCCUGCCGCCCAUGCCCCGGCCCUGUCCCCGCAGCGCCCGGCCCCAUGGACCGGACCGGCCCGGGCUCGGGCAGCAGCUUCCCGGCGCUGAUCCGCAAGAAGCGGGACGGGGAGACGCUGCGGGACGAGGAGAUUCGCGACUUCGUCCGGGCCGUGACCCGCGGGGGGCUCCAGGAGGGGCAGAUGGGGGCCAUGCUGAUGGCCAUCCGGCUGCGGGGCAUGGAUCCGGACGAGACGCUGACUCUGACCCGGGAGAUGGUGGUGUCGGGAAGGGUCCUGGAGUGGCCUGACAGCUGGCAGAGGCUCCUGGUUGACAAACACUCCACAGGGGGCGUGGGAGACAAGGUCAGCCUGCCCCUGGCCCCGGCCCUGGCUGCCUGCGGCUGCAAGGUGCCCAUGAUCAGUGGCCGGGGUCUGGGCCAUACUGGGGGCACGCUGGACAAGCUGGAGUCCGUGCCAGGGUUCAACAUCUCUCAGAGCUCCGAGCAGAUGAGGAGCAUCCUGGAAUGUGUGGGGUGCUGCAUUGUGGGGCAAAGCGAGGAUCUGGUCCCAGCAGACAAGGUGCUCUACGGCCUGCGGGACGUCACGGCCACCGUUGACAGCCUGCCCCUCAUCACAGCUUCCAUUCUGAGCAAGAAGGCAGCAGAGAAGGUCUCGGCCCUGGUGCUGGACGUGAAGUUUGGCAGUGCUGCCCUCUACACCAGCCUGGAGAGCGCCCGGACCCUGGCCCAGAGCCUGGUGUCGGUGGGCAGCCGGCUGGGGAUCUGCACGGUGGCCAUGCUCAGCAAGAUGGAUGGGCCCCUGGGCCAGCGCGUGGGCCACUCCCUGGAGGUGCUGGAGGCCCUGCAGUGCCUGGAGGGCCAGGGGCCGGCGGAUCUGCACCAGCUGGUCACCACGCUAGGGGGCUGUCUGCUGUGGCAGUGCGGGGAGGCCGGCUCGGUGGAGCAGGGCGCUGCCCGCAUCGCAGCCACGCUGGCGGAUGGCUCGGCGCUGGGGAAGUUCCAGGCCAUGCUGCAGGCCCAGGGGGUGGAGGCCGGCGUGGCCCGGGCCCUGUGCACAGGAACGGAGGAGCAGCGCUACCAGGUGCUCGGCCGGGCUCGGGCCCAGGAGGAGCUGCCCGCGGCCCAGGACGGCACAGUGCAGCGGGUCGAGGCCCUGCCCAUCGCCCUGGUGCUGCAUGAGCUGGGCGCCGGCCGCACCCAGAAGGGGCAGCCCAUCAACCACCUUGUGGGGGCCGAGCUGCUGGUGACGGUGGGGCAGCGCGUGGCUAAAGGUUCACCCUGGAUCCGGAUUCACUACGACACCCCGGAGCUCAGCAACGAUCAGAGACAGACCCUGCAGGGGGCGCUGGUCCUGGCAGCCUCGGAGCCCUUCCUGCCCAGCUGCAAGGUCGCAGAGGUCGUCCUGCCACAGGGCAGCCGGUCACUGGAGGAGCUGACAGAGGAGCAGGGCUUGGGGAGCAGCCAGGAACUGCUCUGCUCCGCCUGAAGGGAGGGAUCCCCUGCCAGCUGGCUCCCAACCGCCCCAUGCAGCCGCUGCCCCCAUGGACCCUCUGCCUCCUGGACAGUGCAACUCGCCACCACCCUUCAGCCCCACGGCCAGCCCCUGCCAGCAUUAACGACUGGGCAAUAAAGCGUCUUGCUCUGCUA